AUGAUCGUCCACAGAAGGGAGCGAGCCAGGCUGAAGCAGUUGUCCUCAUGGGUCGUUGAGUGUCAUCCUCCUCCUCCUAACCCGAACCCUAACAUUGUCGUGACUAGCUCUUCUCAGAGCUCUCACUCGCAGUCUCAGCUCAACCCUACCCUCUUGCCACCUUUACCACCAUCAUCUCCUUCGGUGAACAAGCCCUUCUUAUGUGCUUGCCCUCCUUCGUUGUCCUCAGAUCUUGAUCAUGGGGAGCGCAAGAAGUUGGUUGUCAUCGCAGCCGAUGAUGGCCCUCCUAGUGGUUUUCCGAGACGAGCAAGUGAUGAUGAGGGGAAGAAGCGAAGCAGGAGAUCAGCAGGUGUCGCUGGAGUGGAAGAAGAAGCAAAGGGACAACUAGAGAAGGAUAAGCUCGUAGAAGUGCAUGGAGAUCUUAGCAGAUUGAAGCUGGAGAUCGGGCUGAUCAAGGAUCCUAGCUGCAGUCUCGAUUUGGAGCUCCGACUCGGGAUCUUAGUGCUGUAA